UGGAUCCUUUACUUGGCCGCAUUUAGGAGUUAGCAGGGGUUUCUUUGUUGACAUCGACGCUGCCUAGAAUAUCUUCUGUCAUCUUGGCUGCGAGAAUUCACUGGCAGCUUACGGCAGUUUCCGUGGCAUUCAUCUUUCAAGCUUCUCCGGUAGAUCCCAGGCAGUUGAGCUUAAAUACCAGGUACAAUCCACAAUCUCAUCCACUCCACGGCUCUCCAGCCAUCCUACCAACCAAACCAUAUCAUCGAAUCCACCAAAAGUAACCCCAAAUCAUGCCAUCCUCCAUCCUCCCCUCCGUCGAAAGAGGCUACCUCCCAUACUUCCUCCUCUUCGCCUCCCUAUCCGCCCUCCUCCACAGCAUAAGCACCUACAUAUCGCCGAUCCCCGCGCUCCAACAAUUCUCUGGCCCCCUCGCACCGCCCAAAACACCCCUUCUGGCGCACGUCUACGGCAUGAAGAACGUCUACAGCGGGCUGAUCCGUCUUUAUGCCGCGUACAACAUCUCGAACCCGCAGCUGUAUGAUCUUGCGACGGUGACGUUUGUGGGCGUCUUAGUGCUCUAUGUUGGUGAGCUUUGGGUCUGGAGGACAGUCAGGGUGCAGGAAGGUUGGUUUCCCCUUGGGAGGUUAUGUUUGAGGUCUUGAGGUUUAUCCUCUUUCUGUUCUGUCUCGAUCAAGAUGACGAAUGAUCUGAUUUGAAAUGGUGUAUUCUUUACCUAGGGAUGUAGGUAUUUGAUUCAAUUGAAUGAAUGCGAAUUAAAUUCUGGGGCUGGUUGGUUGAGUCCGUGGUGUGGAUUGUACAGUAAUAUAGUAGUGACGAUAUACUCCACAGAUAAGACGAUGACAUCAGGAUAUAUA